AGUGGCGUUGGCCUGGCCGGAGCCCCUGGGUGAAUUUGUUAGGCGUGGAGAGGGGGUGAUGUCUUCCAGAUUCGGUGCAGUACCCGCUUAGCAUGAACCGGUGCUCCAUAAAGGAUAAUAGCUUCCAGUACAUUAUCCCUCACGAUGACUCCUUCAGUGGUUCAUCAUCUGCCUCUUCAUGUGAACCAGUGAGUGAUUUUCCAUCAUCCUUCCGAAAAUCUCCCUACAUGAUGAAGAUGAGAAAGAUCAAGUCAGCUGCUACUUCCCGUGUUGAAGGAUCAGGUGGAGUAUCAACCAAAGGAAGAAGGAAACCCAGGCAGGAAGAAGAUGAAGACUAUCGAGAAUUUCCUCAGAAGAAACAUAAGCUUUAUGGGAGGAAACAACGGCCUAAAACUCAGCCUAACCCCAAACCCCAGACUCGUCGUAUUCGGAAGGAACCACCAGCUUAUCCAGCAGGCAGUUUGGAGGAGCAGUGGUACUUAGAAAUCGUGGAUAAGGGCAGUGUGUCCUGUCCUACCUGUCAGUCAGUGGGGAGGAAAACCAUAGAAGGUUUAAAGAAACACAUGGAAAACUGCAGACAGGAAAUGUUUACUUGUCAUCAUUGUGGGAAACAGCUUCGUUCACUGGCAGGGAUGAAGUAUCAUGUUAUGGCAAAUCAUAACAGUUUGCCCAUUUUGAAGGCUGGAGGUGAGUUAGAUGAGCCAACUGAGAGAGAACGACUCCGAACAGUUCUGAAGAGACUAGGAAAGAUCAGGUGCAUGCGUGAGAGUUGCUCUAGUACCUUCACCAGCAUUAUGGGAUACAUGUACCAUGUCAGAAAAUGUGGCAAAGAGGCUGCAGAGCUGGAGAAGAUGACCCUAAAAUGUCAUCACUGUGAAAAGCCAUAUAAAUCGAAGGCUGGACUUGCGUAUCAUCUGAGGUCAGAGCAUGGGCCUAUCCCCUUCUUCUCUGAGUCAGGACAGCCAGAAUGCUUAAAGGAUAUGAGCCUAGAGUCAAAGAGUGGGGGCCGAGUUCAGAGGCGUUCUGCGAAGAUAGCUGUAUACCACCUGCAGGAGCUGGCCACUGCAGAACUGGCCAAAGAAUGGCCUAAGAGAAAAGUACUUCAAGACCUGGUACCUGAUGACCGGAAGUUAAAAUAUACCCGCCCUGGGCUACCUACCUUCAGCCAGGAAGUACUACACAAAUGGAAGGUAGAGGUCAAGAAGUAUCAUCACAUUCAGUGUCCUAACCAGGGUUGCGAGGCUGUCUACAGUAGUGUAUCUGGCCUUAAAGCUCACUUGGGCUCUUGCACAUUGGGAAACUUUGUGGCUGGAAAAUACAAAUGUCUUCUGUGCCAGAAAGAAUUUGUGUCAGAGAGUGGUGUCAAAUAUCACAUCAACUCUGUUCAUGCUGAGGACUGGUUCAUUGUAAACCCAUCAACAACCAAAAGCUUUGAAAAGCUGAUGAAGAUAAAGCAGCGGCAGCAGGAAGAAGAAAAGCGGAGGCAGCAGCACAGGAGCAGAAGGUCUCUAAGAAGGCGGCAGCAAUCUGACCCUGAGCAUGCUGAGACAGAGCUGAGUCUUAGAGUAGGGAAGGAGCAGAGGCGGAGUAAUGAGGAACUGGUAGUGUCGACCUCCUGUAAGGAACCAGAGCAGGAGCCAGUACCAGCACAUUUCCAGAAAGUAAAGCCCCCAAAGACUAAUCGUAGACGAGGGAGGAAAUACAGGCAGGCAGUGUGAGUGCUCCUAGAGUGGAUGUGAUGCUGUUGUCACAGGGACCUGUGCUGGGAGGAUUGAGUCAUGGGGGCUGAGCAAGAGAAAUGUACUUUUUCAUCUGUUUGUGACUUUCUCAGCUUUUUCCUCCUAUGUAAAUUUCCCUGUUUUCCCUACUUACUCACUUCCUCCCCCUUAUGGUAGGUUUUCCUGCUAUUCCUUAAUGGAGUCUUCUUGUUUUACUGACUCAUACCUUGCCCAAAGAGAUAUCUUGCUCUCUUAAGGCCAACUAUAGGCCUUUCUUGCCCUGUAUAAAACUAAGAAGCCUGUUUGGUGUCCUUUCUUUCCUGGGGUGUAGAAUGUUCUUGGAAACUCCA